CUUAGAAUUAUUAUACUUAAGUAUGUCCUAAAAACCUGUGUCAUUCUAGUGCCUUUAAUUAAUUAUUUAAUGAAGCUAAAAUGUGAUAAGGAAUAUAAAAUUCAGUCGUAUUUCUCAAGAAAUGGGAGAUAUUCGGCGUUCGAAAUCAUGUUUUGAUGUAGGCAACAAACCAGUAACAAUUCAAAAAUUAUGGGGAAUACACGAACGUUUAGAGAAUAUUCGGGGUCGUAUGACGCAAUACCAACAGCCAUUAAUUGAAAAUGAAAUUAUGGAAUCGAUAUCAGAACCAGAAUCAUCAGACGAGUCACAAACGUAUCCUCAAACAUACAUUGUUAUAAAAUUUGCGGAAAAUGUCAAUAAAACCACCCUGAAAUGGAUUGUGGAUAAAAUUAAAGGGAAUAAACGAAAUGGGGGUGCUGAAUUGCUUAUUCAAAAACAGCCUUACGAUAAAAAUGAGGGUCUCAUACUACAUAUUUCGGCUACAAAAAUCAAAUUCUUAGAAUUAGCAGAAGAAAUGGAAAUUGUUAAACAAGAUCGUUUUGGUGUAAUGCGUGAAUUUACUGUUGAUCAAUUAGAAGAUUUCUUGGAGCCUGGCAUGCAUGUUGAUGAUUUUCUUACCACAUCUGAACGUCAAACAAUUGUUAAACACGAAUUAGAUAAUUUACGUGCACUAGUCGAAGAUGUUCACAUACCUGGUUACGUUUUAUAUAAAUUGUACGAAGGACAAUCAAUUAUUGAAUUAUGUGUGCAAGUUGGUUUAAUUGAGUUAAUUUAUCCGUUACACGAUCUGGAAGAAUUAAAAAAAUUAGGCUCAAUUUGGUACAAGCCAUUAGUUUUAAAACAGCAACCAUUCGAAAAUAUCCGAACAUAUUUUGGCGAAGCAAUUGCAUUAUAUUUUAUAUUUUUGGGUUUUUAUACAAUGGCAUUAAUUUUACCAACGGCACUAGGUAUUAUCCAAACAUUUUUAUCAUCUGAAACGCUUCCAUUCUUUUGCAUUUUUAAUGUUAUUUGGGCAACAGUGUUUUUAGAGGUUUGGAAACGAAAAUGCAGUGAAUACGCUUAUAAAUGGGGUACUAUUGGUAUGACAAGUUUAGAUGAACCGCGUGCCAGUUAUUAUGGUCAAAUGAUUAAAGAUCCGGUAUCAGGAAGAGUGACACCACAGUAUCCACGCUGGAAAACUUAUACAAAAAUGUAUUGUAUUUCGCUGCCAAUUGUAAUAUUUUGCAUGUCAAUUGGAUUUGGUAUCAUGUUAGUAUCAUUUUGGGUUGAGGAUUAUAUAAAAACGAAAGUAUCGCCAUUAAACGAGUAUCGAAUGUACUUAGUUUAUUUACCAAGUGUUAUUUAUGCGGCUCUGGUUUAUGUUAUGAACUUUUAUUAUCGAAAAUUGGCAACAAGACUGACUGAAUGGGAAAAUCAUCGAACUCAAUCACAAUAUGAUCGUCAUCGUGUUACAAAAUUAUUACUUUUCGAAUUUGUUAAUAAUUUUAUGGCAUUAUUUUAUAUUGCAUUUGUUAUUCAAGAUAUUGAAAUGCUACAAAAUCAAUUAGUCAUUAUGUUAAUUAUUUUACAAAUCAUUAAUAAUUUCCAAGAAGCUAUACUACCGUUAAUUGUUCGAAUUUAUGUAGAAAAGGUGAAAAAUUUAAAAAGAUACUUAAAAAAACAAGUACAAGAUGCUUUUGGAUCAUUGAGUAAAACAAAAACAGAUCGUAAUUCAAUGGGCGAUGGAAUACAUGAAGAUCAAUUUGAUUAUAUUCAAACAUUGCAUGUAGAUGAUUCACGAAUACAAGCUGCAAAUGCAGAAGGUAAAAUGGAAAGUUAUGAAGGAACAUACGAUGAUUAUCUAGAAAUGUUUAUGCAAUUUGGUUAUGUCGUUCUAUUCUCAUCGGUUUAUCCGUUGGCUGCAUUUUGGGCCAUAUUAAAUAAUAUUUUUGAAAUACGUGCGGAUGCAUUUAAAUUGUGUAUGGUUUAUCAACGACCUCUGAGUCGGAAAGUUAAAGACAUAGGAGCUUUUCAGAAAGCAUUUGAAGUAUUGGGUGCCUUAUCCAUAGUUACAAAUUGUGGUCUAAUUGCAAUUAAUUUAAAAAAUAAAAGUCAUACAAAAAUUGAGAUGAAUGUACAAUGGAUAUUAUUUUUUGUAUUUUUGGAACAUUUAUUACUUUUAAUUCAAUAUAUUAUUCAUCUUGUAAUACCUGAUAAACCAGAAUGGGUACGAGUUGCAUUGGCCAGACGAAAUUAUGAAUCUAAACAAGCGUUAAAACAUGAGAGAGCUUCUAAAAGUAGACGAAUUCUUGUACGGAAGUUUAACACAGAACAUACGAAAAAACGACUUCAUGAACAUAGUAUUUAGCUAGAAUUCCAAAUAAUAAAAUAUUACUUAACUAAUUUAUUUAAAUUAUUUGUUUUAUUAAAUUAUUUAUUUAAUAAUAAUGGCGAUAGCUGUUUUAAACCGCAUUUUAUACGAAAUGCCCCAACAAGUUGUAUAAUUGUGGACACAUUCAAGAUGAAUGCAAAGUUAACAAGUAAAAAAGUAAAACCAUUUUUAUGAUUUAUAA